ACGUCUACAUUCCCAAUCCAAAGAUUGGCGCAAAGUAGUUCAGCUUCCUGGCUCGCAGUGCAUGCUUGGCACUAUUCCCCGUUCGAUGUCGCUGCAAGCAAUAUGGCCACGGGUCUCGCCAGCUAUUGGCUGCAACUAUUUGUCAUGAGUUGUUUAGGGCCAAAAGUGGCUCCCAGACUCCAGCCAAUGCAGCAUAUCAAAUAG